UCAUAAUAAUCACUGAGUAACAUCAUAAUAAUCACUGAGUAACACCAUAAUAAUCACUGAGUAACAUCAUAAUAAUCACUGAGUAACAUCAUAAUAAUCACUCAGUCAGACAGAGUGAUUAUUAUUCAAAGAAAUUCAACAUCACAAAAAGUAUCUCAUUCACAGAGAAAGGUUUAUUUAAACAGUUUGCAUGGUUAGUGAAUAGUUCAAGUGUAAAUUACCUUUCUUGAUGGCUCCUGAGAUGAGAUAAUUCAAGUUGAAUUGAAUUAUAAUUUAAAUGGAGGAGUAUGAGGAAGAGAGGAGGAAGAGGUGGUUUGUGAUAGGAAUUUAUCAGCAGAGCGGCAGCCAGGUGAAUACCAGCCAGGUGAAUACCAGCCAGGUGAAUACCAGUCAGGUGAAUACCAGCCAGGUGAACACCAGCCAGGUGAAUACCAGCCAGGUGAAUACCAGCCAGGUGAACACCAGCCAGGUGAACACCAGCCAGGCGGACACCAGCCAGGUGAACACCAGCCAGGUGAAUACCAGUCAGGUGAAUACCAGCCAGGUGAACACCAGCCAGGUGAAUACCAGCCAGGUAAAUACCAGCCAGGUGGACACCAGCCAGGUGAAUACCAGCCAGGUGAAUACCAGCCAAGUGAACACCAGCCAGGUGGACACCAGCCAGGUGAAUACCAGCCAGGUGAACACCAGCCAGGUGAACACCAGCCAGGUGAAUACCAGCCAAGUGAACACCAGCCAGGUGGACACCAGCCAGGUGAAUACCAGCCAGGUAAAUACCAGCCAAGUGAACACCAGCCAGUUGAAUACCAGCCAGGUGAAUACCAGCCAGGUAAAUACCAGCCAGGUGAACACCAGCCAGGUGAAUACCAGCCAGGUGAAUACCAGCCAGGUGAACACCAGCCAGGUGAAUACCAGCCAGGUGAAUACCAGCCAGGUGGACAUCAGCCAGGUGAAUACCAGCCAGGUGAAUACCAGCCAGGCGGACACCAGCCAGGUGAAUACCAGCCAGGUAAACACCAGCCAGGUGAAUACCAGCCAGGUGAAUACCAGUCAGGUGAAUACCAGCCAGGUGAACACCAGCCAGGUGAAUACCAGCCAGGUAAAUACCAGCCAGGUGGACACCAACCAGGUGAAUACCAGCCAGGUGAAUACCAGCCAAGUGAACACCAGCCAGGUAGACACCAGCCAGGUGAAUACCAGCCAGGUGGACACCAGCCAGGUGAAUACCAGCCAGGUGAAUACCAGCCAGGUGGACACCAGACAGGUGAAUACCAGCCAGGUAAAUACCAGCCAGGUGAAUACCAGCCAGGUGGACACCAGCCAGGUGAAUACCAGCCAAGUGAACACCAGCCAGGUGAAUACCAGCCAGGUAAAUACCAGCCAAGUGAACACCAGCCAGGUGAAUACCAGCCAGGUGAAUACCAGCCAGGUAAAUACCAGCCAGGUGGACACCAGCCAGGUCAAUACCAGCCAGGUGAAUACCAGCCAGGUAAAUACCAGCCAGGUGGACACCAGCCAGGUGAACACCAGCCAGGUGAAAACCAGCCAGGUGAACACCAGCCAGGUGAAUACCAGCCAGGUGAAUACCAGCCAGGUGAAUACCAGCCAGGUGGACACCAGCCAGGUGAACACCAGCCAGGUGAAUACCAGCCAGGUGAAUACCAGCCAGGUGAACACCAGCCAGGUGAAUACCAGCCAGGUGAAUACCAGCCAGGUGGACACCAGCCAGGUGAAUACCAGCCAGGUGGACACCAGCCAGGUGAACACCAGCCAGGUGGACACCAGCCAGGUGAAUACCAGCCAGGUGAACACCAACACUUUGCUUUGAAGUGACAGAACAGGUUUUAAUCUGUAAAACAGAUGGAGGAAAAAGAGGAACAGCGGAACAGCGAAACAAGGUGAGGUUUAAAAAUAUUUUAGGUAUGUAGGUACCUGUGUGUCUGAGUGAGUAAUAUUUGGUGAUGUGAUCUCAGUCUAUCUUUUCAUCAACUAUCUUGGGCUUUCAUGUUCAACUUUGCACACAUUUCUAAAAAUGAAGCUUCAUAGACAACCAUGUCCAACUUUAGACCAUGCCCGCCCGACUAGCAUCACUACCCUGGACGGUUCUGACCUAGAAUAUGUGGACAACUACAAAUACCUAGGUGUCUGUUUAGACUCUUAACUCUCCUUCCAGAUCUCCAAACCAAAAUCAAAUCUUGAAUCUGCUUCCUAUUUCGCAACAAAGCCUCCUUCACUCACGCCGCCAAACUUACCCUAGUAAAACUGACUAUCCUACCGAUCCUCGACUUCGGCGAUGUCAUCUACAAAAUAGCUUCCAAUA